AUGUCGCGUACCGGUCGUUUUAUGUGUAUUCUUUACAUAGUUCUUCUAAUUAAUCUCAUAUUAGAAAUAAAUGGUCAGAAAGCAGUGCGAAAAGGACCUGCAGGAAUCCGUGGUGACCCUGGGGCCAAAGGUGAAAAAGGUGAAAAGGGUGAAAGAGGAGAUAUCGGUCCAUAUGGAAAAAUUGAAGUUGAUUCUAGCCACGUUGAAUUGAGGAACGAACACCACGAGCCUCCUCUGCGCGGCGGCGCAGCUAACGCGGCAACCUCAUGCCAAGAAAUUGACCUUUCUGGGUUUGAAUCAGACAAAAGCAAAGUUCCAGUGUACAUAUACGGUGCAAAGCCUUUUGAAGUGGCUUGUGACAGAAAUGAAGAAGCUAAAACCUGCCUGUUACAAAAGAAAACUAUGGAGAUCGAUAGUAAACGCCCAGAAUACAGAUUCCCAGAAGCCGGUAAACCGUUUUGGCUGAGUACUGUGGGAUUUGAUCUCCUAAGAUUUUACAGUGAUUUUCAGAUCGAUCACAUAUCACAACUCAAGUAUCUACUGAAGAUAUCGUACAAAGUGUCGAUUGAAAUCGUUGUGCAUUGCAAGAAUACGGUGAUCUCUAAGGAUUCAGAGAAAUACCUGCAGAUUCAUUUAUGGGAUGGUCAAAAUGUCGGCCCCUCUCCAACAUUGAAGUCGCCUGCAUACUACGAAAUACCAGACGAGUUGAACAAAUGCAAGGACUUUCCUGACGAAACAAAAUGGGGAACUGCCAUUAUAAAAUUAACAACAUCUUCUAAUUUCAUCAAAGACUUUUAUAUCCGUGACAUACAGAAGGAGAAGGAUCAAGAAAUUUACAUAGAGCUAAAAGAAUUAUGUAUCUAUACUUAA